CUCCCUCUCUGUGUGUCUCGUGCUGUGACUCGCGCAGGGCGGCCUCUCAUUGGCUGUCGGCGGACACCCGGAGCAGGUCGCUCUCCUCGGUGCUGAAAUCGCUGCACGUCGUGAUAAUGUAAACGGCGAUGAGGCCAAACAGAGCGUCAGCCAGUAAACACCAAAAUGGACGAUGAUCUGUUCCAACUGAGGCAGCUGCCUGUCAUCCGCUUCCGUCGCACUGGUGAGAGCACACGGUCAGAGGAUGAUGGCGAGAAUAGAGAACAGGUUAUCAAGAUUGCAGAGCAGACUGAUUCCGAGUCUGUGGCACUUGCAGAUGGACCUCCAGUUCCUCGGGAGUUUGCCAAUCCAACUGAUGACACAUUCAUGGUAGAAGAUGCCGUAGAGGCCAUAGGCUUCGGGACAUUUCAGUGGAAACUCUCCAUCCUCACUGGUCUGUCCUGGAUGGCUGAUGCCAUGGAGAUGAUGAUCCUCAGCAUCUUAGCCCCACAGCUGCACUGUGAAUGGAGACUGCCUAGCCUUGAGGUGGCACUGCUUACAUCGGCAGUGUUUAUCGGGAUGAUGAUCAGCUCUUCUCUUUGGGGAAACAUAGCUGACAGAUAUGGCAGAAAGACAGGUCUCAAGAUGAGCGUGCUGUGGACUAUGUUCUAUGGCCUGAUGAGUGCAUUUGCACCUGUUUAUGGGUGGAUCCUCGUCCUCCGUGCACUGGUGGGCUUUGGCAUUGGAGGAGCCCCACAGUCGGUGACACUCUAUGCUGAAUUCCUGCCUAUGAGGGCCAGAGCCACGUGCAUCUUGCUGAUUGAGAUAUUUUGGGCCCUGGGCACGGUGUUCGAAGUCCUCUUAGCGAUCCUGGUCAUGCCCACUCUGGGAUGGCGCUGGCUGCUUGGCCUCUCUACCAUUCCUCUCUUCAUCUUUGCCAUCCUAUGUUUUUGGCUACCUGAGAGUGCUCGAUACGACGUGCUGACCGGGAACCAGGAAAAAGCUCUGGCCACACUGAAGCGCAUUGCUACAGAGAAUGGAGCACCAAUGCCACUGGGGAAACUUAUCGCUGCUAGACAGGAGGAUCGUGGAAAGUUUCAAGACUUAUUUUCCUCACACUUUCGCUGGACCACAGUUCUGCUCUGGUUUAUUUGGUUUGCAAAUGCCUUCUCUUACUACGGACUGGUACUGCUCACUACAGAGCUGUUUCAGGAGGGAGGUGCAUGUGGAAUGUCCAAAGGUAAUAAGAGGGAGCUCCGGUGCAACUUGGAGUGUAAAUAUCUGAACUCCGACGACUACAAAGACCUGUUGUGGACCACCUUAUCUGAAUUCCCAGGCCUGCUGGUGACACUGUGGGCCAUUGAUCGACUGGGAAGGAGAAAGACCAUGGCACUGUGUUUCUUCAUCUUCUCUAUGUGCAUAAUUCCCCUCUAUGGUUGUGUUGGCAGAACAUCCAUGACAGUGUUGAUAUUCAUUGCAAGAGCUUUCAUCGCGGGAGGAUUCCAGGCUGCCUAUGUGUACACUCCAGAGGUGUACCCAACAGCGACCAGGGCUUUAGGCCUGGGAACCAGCAGUGGGAUGGCCAGAGUUGGUGCCCUUAUUACACCUUUUGUCGCACAGGUGAUGUUGGAGUCAUCUGUGUACCUGGCUCUCUCAGUGUACUGCUGCUGCUGCCUCCUAGCUGCCGUCGCCUCCUGUGCACUGCCAAUUGAGACAACAGGCCGGGGCCUGCAGGAAGCCAGCCACCGUGAGUGGGGCCAGGAGAUGGUGGGUCGUGCCUCCUCCCAAAGCUCAGAGAGAAUCCCUCAGUCCAGCUCCAGCUCCCAGGGCUGAGGGCACGCAUCGGCUGAAGUACAACCAAGAGAGGUGUCCACGGUGCGGAAAAGAAGCAAGGAGAGGCAAAAAAAAAGCUAGACCAGCUCUCUGUGUCCAUCUCCAUUCCCAUCCUACGACUUGUCCGUUUAGGAAAGUGGCUUCAGAGAGCCAGGCAGCACAAUAUUACAUAUUAUUAUUAUAUAGUCUUCGGCCACCAUUGCAGUCACAAUUUUGUCACUGACUUAACUGCACACGGGGGGACUGCAAAAGACCAUAUGACCUACACAAGUGCAAGAUUGAGAAAAUAAAUGGUGAAUGAGAUGUGAAA